AUGUCUGAAGACGACACUGUACAGUUGGAUGAAGCGUUUAUCGCAUCGCUUCUAAGUGGUAAUAACUCUCUUACCAAAAAAGAAGCCGAGCAGCGAGCAGCGGCACUACGUGCCAAGAAGUGGACUUCUGCGUCGUCGGCGUUCGAGGAUGGCGUGACCCCCUACCCAGGCUUGCAGAUGGAAGAAGCCCGUCCCGUUGCUGAGCUGCGUGUUCUUUGCCACUCGCCCCUACUUACAUUCUUCUACUUCAUGCCGAAGUCGUUGCGAGUCACGAUAACCGAGGAGACGAACGAGUACAACAAGCAGCAACUGGACCAGCGCGCUGAAGCUAUUCUAGCUAAGCAAGGUAUCCGAGUUAGCGGGCGUCCUCGCAAAACGUUGGCUCAGAUUCGUCGGCGCUUAAAGUCAAGUCCGCUGUAUGAGACCCACAAGAUAUUGCACGUCGUUGGGCUUCUCAUUGCCCGUAUGCGCUGCCCGCAGCGGCGUCGUUUUGCUGAUCACUGGUCGAUGACUGAAGAUGGCGCUAUUCCGGCAGGGACGUUCGGUCGGUUUAUGGGGCGUAAUCGGUGUCAAAGCAUCUUACGCGACUUGCACUUUGUCGACAACAAGGCCACUCGCACACGUGACGAACUAUGA